GCCUCUGUGCGCAUGCGCGUCGGCGCGUGGCGGCCGGGAUUGAGUUCUGCGCGGGGUGGCUGGGCGAGCCGGUGGCGGUGCUGCGCUGGGUGGCCUCGGCUCCACGUGCUCCCGGUGGCCGGUUGAGACCGUUGGCGGGGUCGGCUGAGAGAUUGUGGCCCUCAUACUUCUGAUGCUCCUAAGCCUGAACUAAGACUUGGACCCUGCUGGAUGAUCAGUUGAGCUGGUUUUCUGAUUCUGAGUCUUGCUAUUCUUUGUAGUACAUACUGCAUACUCGUAUGUUCUCGACGUCAGAUGUGCUGCACAGCCAAGGGCAAGAGUUCAAACUUAUAUCAGAAAAUAUUUAAUCAUUUAACCAAAAAUGGUAUUUUUUACAUGCAAUGCAUGUGGUGAAUCUGUGAAGAAAAUACAGGUGGAAAAGCACGUGUCUGCCUGCAGAAACUGUGAAUGUCUCUCCUGCAUUGACUGUGGGAAAGAUUUCUGGGGUGACGACUACAAAAGCCAUGUGAAGUGCAUCAGUGAAGGUCAGAAGUACGGAGGCAAAGGCUAUGAAGCCAAGACGCACAAAGGUGACGCCAAACAGCAGGCAUGGAUUCAGAAAAUUAACGAGUUAAUAAAGAAACCCAACGUCAGCCCCAAGGUGCGAGAACUUCUGCAGCAAAUUAGUGCUUUUGACAAUGUUCCCAGAAAAAAGGCCAAGUUUCAGAACUGGAUGAGAAACAGCUUGAAAGUGCACAGCGACUCUGUUUUGGAGCAGGUGUGGAACAUCUUCUCUGAAGCAUCCAGCAGUGAACAAGAUCAGCAGCCACCCAGCCACAUGGCCAAGCCACAUGCGGAGAUCCCCACUAAGGUUCCAUCUACAAAAUCAAAUGGCACCACAGAGGAGCAAACAGAGACAAAGAAGAAUAAAAGAGAAAGGAAGGAGGAACGCCAGAAGAACAGGAAGAAAGAGAAGAAGGAGCUGAAGCUAGAAAACCACCAGGAAAACCUUAGGGGCCAGAAGCCAAAGAAGCGCAAAAAGGGCCAGGAGGCUGGACAUGAGGCUGGUGGGGAGGAGACCACCGAGGCCAACGGCCCACCAGAGAAGAAGAAAGCCCAGGGUGGACAAGCUUCCGAAGAGGGAGCAGACAGAAAUGGGGGCCCCGGGGAGGGUGUUGAUGAGGGGCAGACCAAGACAGCAGCAGGAAAACGGAAGCGGCAGAAGCACUCAGAAGUUGAGUCUGAUUACAAGAAAAAAAAGGUGAAGUUGCCAGGGCAGCCUGAAGAGGGAGAGCCCAAGGACCAUGAGGCUCCAUCUAAAGGUAAAUUCAACUGGAAGGGGACCAUUAAAGCUGUUCUGAAACAGGCUCCAGACAAUGAGAUAUCAGUCAAGAAGUUAAAGAAAAAGGUUAUAGCUCAGUACCAUGCGGUGAUGAGUGACCAUCACACGUCAGAGGAGGAGCUCCUGGCCAUCUUCAACAGGAAGAUCAGCAGGAACCCCACCUUUAAGGUGCUGAAGGACAGAGUUAAGCUUCUGAAGUGAGGGCUCUGUUGUGUCACACUGUAUCGUCCUAUUGGCUGCUUCCCUCUACUAUUUGUAAAAUGUGUAAUGAAUUUUAACAACCUGAAGAUUGCUUUCUGAAACUGUUUUUAAGUUAAGGAAAAAAUAUAUUUUUGUUAGAACUUUUAUGAAAAAAUAAAAUAUAUCCUUGUCAAAUUCUG